GGUUCAGUGGUGACUCGGGCCGGCCGCGCCAUGGUGUCCUCCGCACUGCUGCUCGCUACUGUCCUGACGGCGACGGCGACGGCGACGGUGACAGUGACAGACGCGUUAGUGCUACCGGCAGAGACGGCAAAAGGUACCCUGCGGCCUCCUGAGGUCAGCAAUCAGCAGUCGGACUUGCUGCAUCGCCUGGAGCGUCUGCCCAGCGCCUCUGAGCAAUCUGCGUCCUACGGAAGAAAAACGGCAUCCGUAGAGACUGACGCUGUAGUAACAAAUACCUCCAGCUUGGCUUGGAAAACGUCUCAAGCGGAUCAACUCAAUCACUCCGCUGAAUCUGCGAAAACGUCGAACUUGACUGUCGAUCUGCAUAGCAAGAAUGUCACCGCACAAAGUCGAUCAGUGCCACCACACAUCCAUGCCGUUGGUCAUGCUCUCACCGAGUCCGUCCGCCUUCUGGCUGGCCGUGACCUCACCGGGUACUUACCUCGUGUCAAUCUGGAGAACCUCAUUGACUCUCGGUUCAUUGCCAUAUCGGGCAGCGCCGUGGCACAGACCGUGAUCACGGGGCUGCUGAUCGCCGGAAAGAUCGUGCUGACGCUACUGGUGCUCUGUCUGGUCGUGGGUCUGUUCUUUGCGCUCGGAGUGGUCGGCCAUUCGUCACCGGUGUACAACCGGUACGGCCACUACGACCCGUACUCGCCGUGGGCGCCGUACACGGCCAACGGCGCCAUCGACCAGCCCGGCUACAAGGGACGAGCGCUGGACUCAGGCGGCGGUGAAUUCCAACAUCUGCUGAAUGCCAUCGAAACUACGUUCGGCACCACCACCCCGUGCCUUCCGCCCAGAAGGUGUGGACCCGCACUGGUGCGGACGGCCAGGGAGGCAGGGCGACGGGCGGAGAGACAACAGAAGCACAGCGAGCCUGAGGCAGGAGAGCACGGUGGCACAACUCGCAGGCGAAUCGACAGCUCUGCGGCGGUCCGCUGGACUCCUGGCGGUGACCUGAGGAACUACCACCAGCCGCCGACCGCCGCAGCGCGGCAGAGUGACGAGAACGGGCCGGUGCUGGGCGCCGUCCAGUCGGUGGUGAGCCUGCUGGUGCCGGUGGUGCUGCUGCUGCCCUGGGUGGUGAUCCUGUUCUUCCCCGGCCUGGUGCCGGCCGGUGACGGCACCGUGCCGCCGCCGGACGACUUCCCGUUCGACUCGGACGAUGACGAUAAUGACCGGCCGUUCAGGCGGAGACUGACGAGACGCCGCCGCCGCCGACGGAGAGAGCUCAGGGACGAACGACGGAGGUCUGGUGGUCUUCUGAUGUAGCCGCGAGAUAACCUGGUGGCUUUUAUGAGGCGUGCUUGUUGCGAUCGUGAGUGUUCGGAGGAUUUAAGGACUCCAGAGGCCAGCCAAAUAGCAGUAUUACGCAAACUGUUGUUUAUCAUUUAGCGUUGAUCGUACAUUAGACGAAUCUCAUUUUCAUGCUUAUAUUACCAUCAUUGUUUUCAUUGUGCACAUCAUUGCUUUUUUACGGAACUGUCGGCUUUGUUUUGCACCCCAUUGAUGAAAAUACAAGCUGAACAUUA